GCUAACACCGCAGAAAACGGACUCCGUAAAAUCCUGCCGUCCGGUGAUAUGAAAAUGUCUCCUCCGCUGCUUCUCAGGGCGUUCGUGAAGGAGCGACUGACCGCUGCCGCCGAGGAAAUAUUUCAGGUGUUUGAACAGACGAUAGAGAAAUAUGAAGAAGAGGCUUCAAGCUCUAAACAGGAGAUUGAGCGGCUCAGAGGUCUGCUGCUGGAGUUUGUGUCCAACCACAAAAAAGACAUCUCUCAGUCGUCCAUCUGUAAAGAGGAAACACCACCUGAGCAGCAUCACUGUGAGCAGGAGUUGAGGCUCAGUGCCGAUCAGAGGGGCCCAGAGGCUCAACACAUUAAAGAGGAAGAUCAGGAGCUCUGGGCUGGUCAGCAAGAAGAAGAAGAACAGGUUAGAGGCUUUAAGGAUGCUGAUGUGUUACACCUACCUCAUUCAUGUGUUUGGGAGAAACAAGAGCAGGAGGACACAAAACCGUCUUUGCAACCUCAGACUCAAUACAGUGAAAGUGAGGAGCAGUUUCAGGAGCUGCAAGAAAUUAAAACUGUACGGUCACCUUUUGCCUCAUCUGCCUCUUCACAAAGUCUGAUUCAAAAUGAGAAGAUCCAGGACGGGAGGGAAAAUGAAAGACCUUCUCCAAGUUUUAUGUCAGACCAAACACAGACAGAACAGACUCCAGUUAUCACCUCCAGAGAGUCCACUGAGUUACUUCACUUAAAUUCAGUUGCCCCUGACUAUCGUUGCUAUUUGUGUGACAAAUCUUUUUCCUCCAGUCAUCACUUGGUAAAUCAUGCUUUUCGCAUACAUUCAAAGGACUCAGGUCUCCUCUGUGCUGUGUGUGGAAAGACCUUAGAGCCCACCGAAAGUCUUAACGUGCACCUUAAAUCGCACAGGAGCUCAAAAUGUUGCCAAGUGUGUGGUAAACCGUGCAAGAGCACCACCACUCUGGCAGAGCACAUGACCAGCCACACUGGGGUCAAACUGCACCGCUGCCAUAUCUGUGGGAAAGAGUGCAGCCGGAAAGGAGAUUUAAAGAUACACAUGAGGAUUCACACAGGCGAGAAGCCUUUCUGCUGCUCUUACUGUUGUAAAAGUUUCACCCACAGCGGCCAUCUGAGGAAGCACAUGAGAAGCCACACAGGAGAGAGGCCACACCGCUGUGAUGUUUGCGGUAAAGGAUUUCUACAGAGUGCACACCUGAAAUAUCACUUAAGAACUCACACUCAGAAAUACUGAUUUAUUUUUUAUCUUUUCCAUCCACCAGGGCCCAUAUUUAUCAAACUUCUAAGAUUUACACUAGGAGUAAAACCUUCCUUGCCUGUGACCACUGAGAUACUAACAAAAAUAUAAGAGCAGCUCCUCAGUGAUCACAUUAUUAAUAACGUAUGCUCAGAGCAGUUUAUCCUACAUCUGCCAUAUUCUUCAUUCUUCUAAAAAAUUCUUUUACUGAGAGAGAUGCUUUCAUUUUUUAAAAAGUUAAAUUUGUUUGUGUGAAAAUACUUAACAUCCUCUUCAAAAGAAAACCAAACUGGAGCAGGAAACAAAUUCUACAGCUGGUUUUCAUCAUAAAAAGUUAUGAAGACAAUUUGUUGACUUACUGAUGAGUGCAGACGAUGAAGAUGCAUGGGCAUGCAUAACAAGCUAAAACCAAGGCUAGUUGUAUUUGUGUUGUUUGUACCCCCGAUAGCUGCAAACAAAAAGUGGUGUAACAUCCUGGCAAAUGCAAAGAGUUGGCUAAAACUACCUUAGUUUAAAUUAUAGUUAUUGUUUCUCCUUAUAUGUUGCACAGUCACUCCAAAACACAUCUCAGAAGGUGUGUGCUCAACCUUUCUUAAAUUUAAGACUGCUUUUAAGUUGUAAGUUGAAUUUUGAUUUAAAAACAUUUUUUCAUAAGUUUGUGAUUGGGACAAAAAGGGAAGUAUUUUACUUUUAUCUUUGACCUAACAAAACAUUUCACUGUUAGCAGUUUGAUAAAUACGGGACCUGAGGUUUACAAUAUGUUCCUCCUUGCUGUUGACAUGACCUUCGUUCUGAAGGGAAAGCAUUACUCAGUCAUUAAGUAAACUCUUACAUUUUUGGGUAAUAACACUGCUUUUAACAUCAA